GAUUCGCGACGGAUUCUAUUCUUUGCAGUUUGUACAGUUUCGAAAAUUAAAAGAAACCGAGGUUUUUGAUCAUAUUCUAAACUAAUUUCUUUGUCUGGUACGGUAUACAUGUUUGCGCGUAAAUUGAAAGCCCUUGGUUACCACAGUCCAAACAGUUUCGAUGUAAAUGAUCCAAAGCAACUCUCUACACUUAUUGUAUGGCUUGAAGAUAUAAAAAUUCGACUUUAUCCAAUUGAGGAGCGGACUGCUAUAAGAGACAUGGAAAAUAAAAACUGGGCGAAUGUGUUCAAACAGUAUUUGGUUGACCUAAAAUGCCCAAUAAAUCCUGAGAUGAAAGAGCAGAUGUUGGAUUGGUUGUUAGGCCAUGCUGUGCGACUGGAAUAUUCAGAUAAAGCUCCACAAAUAAAUGAAACUUGGCAAGAGUUAAAAGCAAAGAAACAACUUGAGAAGGAUGCAGUGAAAGAGGCCACAGAGACGUUACGAAACCUCAGAGCUGAUAAUCCUAAUUUGAAAGCUGGCAUCCUGUCAUUGGCAAACUUGCUAAAAAUUCCAGAACACGAAGACCCUCUGUUAAGGCUUCAUGCUGUGAGGGCAUUGAUAGAAAACAAACUGACUAUUGAAGCUCUAGAAAAUGCUAGUUCACAGAAAAAAACAGAAAUUGACUCAAAGUUUUUGCAGAAUAUGAAACUUGGUUUUGACACUGGAGACUCUGCAGUGAAUGAGGCAGCAAAGAUUUUAAGGCUUCUUCAUGUAUCUGAACUUCGGGAACUGCAAACAAGUAUAACCCAGGCUAUUGUGGCUGCACAAUCUCACACGGCUAACCCAAAAACUGACACAAAACUUGGAAAGGUUGGAGUGUAGAUUGAGAGGAUUUGAGGCAAUGUUUCUCAUGCAGUAUACAUACCAUCAAUAAAGUGUAAUCCAAUUACAAGGAUAUAAAUGCAAGGUCUUUAAUGAAAUUAUUUUACUGGUAAAACAUGAUUUCUUGGAGAAGGGAAACCCAUUUUUAUGAGUUGAAAGGUCUUGUUUCACAUGGAAUUAUUAUUAUUAUUAUACCCACAUCAUCUUAUAGUGUUUUUCAGUGGGGUCCUGCAGUACAUAUAAAGG